GGAGUUCACCAAGGAGCGGGAGAAGGCCAAGUCCAGGGGAACCUUCCAGAAGCUGCGGGAGAAGCAGCAGCUGGAGGAGGACCUCCGGGGCUACAUGAGCUGGAUCACGCAGGGCGAGGUCAUGGACGUGGACGACCUGAGAGAAGGGAAGCUGUCCUUGGAGGAAGGCGGCUCGGACACCGAGAGCCUGUAUGAGAUCGAGGGCUUGAACAAGAUCAUCCAGUUCGUAGACCCCCACCUGCUCACCCACCUGCAGGACGUCGCCAACCGGGUGCUGCUGUCCCUCUUCACCCUGGAGAUGCUGCUGAAGAUGUACGGGCUGGGCCUGCGGCAGUACUUCAUGUCCGUCUUCAACCGCUUCGACUGCUUCGUGGUGUGCAGCGGGCUCCUGGAGAUCCUGCUGGUGGAGUCGGGCGCCAUGACGCCCCUGGGCAUCUCCGUGCUGCGCUGCAUCCGCCUCCUGCGGCUCUUCAAGGUCACCAAGCUGCUGCUGCUCUUCCUCUUCAUCGUCAUCUUCGCGCUGCUGGGCAUGCAGCUCUUCGGGGGCCGCUACGACUUCGAGGACACGGAGGUGCGGCGCAGCAACUUCGACAGCUUCCCGCAGGCGCUCAUCAGCGUCUUCCAGCCGCGGCGCUCAGACAUCCUGCUCAACGUCUUCCUGGCCAUCGCCGUGGACAACCUGGCCGAGGCGGGCAGCCUGACCUCCGCCCAGAAGGCCAAGGCCGAGGAGCGGGAGGGCAGGANNNCCACCAGGGGUCUCCCGGGCCGGCCCGAGGAGGAGAAGGCGGCCGUGGCCAAGAAGCCGGACCAGAAGCCCAAGGGCGAGGGCAUCCCAACCACGGCCAAGCUGAAGGUCGAUGAGUUCGAGUCCAACGUCAACGAGGUGAAGGACCCAUACCCCUCGGCUGACUUCCCAGGGGACGAUGAGGAAGAUGAGCCCGAAAUCCCAGCAAGCCCCCGCCCGCGGCCCCUGGCCGAGCUGCAGCUGAAAGAGAAGGCGGUGCCCAUCCCAGAAGCCAGCUCCUUCUUCAUCUUCAGCCCCACCAACAAGUUCCGCGUCCUCUGCCAUCGCAUCGUCAACGCCACCUGGUUCACCAACUUCAUCCUGCUCUUCAUCAUGCUCAGCAGCGCCGCCCUGGCCGCCGAGGACCCCAUCCAGGCCGAGUCCAUGAGGAACCAGAUCCUCGGGUAUUUUGACAUCGCCUUCACCUCUGUCUUCACUGUGGAGAUUGUCCUCAAGAUGACCACCUACGGCGCCUUCCUGCACAAGGGCUCCUUCUGCCGCAACUACUUCAACAUCCUGGACCUGCUGGUGGUGGCUGUGUCCCUCAUCUCCAUGGGGCUCCCGUCCAGCUCCAUCUCGGUGGUGAAGAUCCUGAGGGUGCUGAGGGUGCUCCGGCCCCUGCGAGCCAUCAACCGAGCCAAAGGGCUGAAGCACGUGGUGCAGUGCGUGUUCGUGGCCAUCCGCACCAUCGGCAACAUCGUGCUGGUCACCACCCUCCUACAGUUCAUCUUCGCCUGCGUCGGCGUCCAGCUCUUCAAGGGGAAGUUCUUCAGCUGCACUGACUUGUCCAAGAUGACGGAGGAGGAAUGCAGGGGCUACUACUACAUCUACAAGGACGGGGACCCCACGCAGAUGGAGCUGCGCCCCCGCGAGUGGGUGCUUAGCGACUUCCACUUCGACAACGUGCUGUCGGCCAUGAUGUCCCUCUUCACGGUCUCCACCUUCGAGGGGUGGCCGCAGCUCCUGUACAAGGCCAUCGACGCGUACGAGGAGGACAAGGGCCCCGUCUACAACCACCGGGUGGAGAUGGCCAUCUUCUUCAUCGUCUACAUCAUCCUCAUCGCCUUCUUCAUGAUGAACAUCUUCGUGGGCUUUGUCAUCGUCACCUUCCAGGAGCAGGGCGAGACCGAGUACAAGAACUGCGAGCUGGACAAGAACCAGCGCCAGUGUGUGCAGUACGCCCUGAAGGCCCGCCCCCUGAAGUGCUACAUCCCCAAAAACCCGUACCAGUACCAGGUGUGGUACGUGGUCACCUCGUCCUACUUCGAGUACCUGAUGUUCGCCCUCAUCAUGCUCAACACCAUCUGCCUGGGCAUGCAGCACUACAACCAGUCGGAGGAGAUGAACCACAUCUCCGACAUCCUCAACGUGGCCUUCACCAUCAUCUUCACCCUGGAGAUGGUCCUCAAACUCCUGGCGUUCAAGGCCAAGGGCUACUUCGGGGACCCCUGGAAUGUGUUUGACUUCCUGAUCGUCAUCGGCAGCAUCAUCGAUGUGAUCCUCAGUGAGAUUGAUACCUUCCUGGCCUCCAGCGGGGGGCUGUACUGCCUGGGUGGCGGCUGCGGCACCGUGAGGGGAAACCGAGGCCCAGCUCACACGACCUCCCGACUCGGGGGCAGCCCCGGUCUGCUCACCUGCCCACCCCCUUCCAGGUGCGCGACGGGCGAGGCCUGGCCCGAGGUCCUGCUGGCCAGCAGCUACGGGAAGCUGUGUGACCCUGCGUCCGAGUACGCCCUGCCUUACGUGGCCCUGCUCAUCGUCAUGCUGUUCUUCAUCUACGCCGUCAUCGGCAUGCAGCGACUGGUGGGCAUGAACAUGCCCCUCAACAGCGAUGGCACCGUCACCUUCAACGCCACCCUCUUCGCCCUGGUGCGCACGGCCCUCAAGAUCAAGACGGAAGGUAACUUCGAGCAGGCCAACGAGGAGCUGCGGGCCAUCAUCAAGAAGAUCUGGAAGAGGACCAGCAUGAAGCUCCUGGACCAGGUCAUCCCUCCGAUCGGAGACGACGAGGUGACGGUGGGCAAGUUCUACGCCACCUUCCUCAUCCAGGAGCACUUCCGCAAGUUCAUGAAGCGCCAGGAGGAGUAUUACGGCUACCGGCCCAAGAAGGACGCCGUGCAGAUCCAGGCCGGACUGCGGACCAUAGAGGAGGAGGCCGCACCCGAGAUCCGCCGGACCAUCUCGGGCGACCUCACGGCUGAGGAGGAGCUGGAGAGGGCCAUGGUGGAGGCCGCCAUGGAGGAGGGGAUAUUCNAGAGGACCGGGGGCCUGUUCGGCCAAGUGGACAACUUCCUGGACCGGCCCAGCUCCCUGGCGCCCGUGCUGGCCAACCAGAGGCCCCUGCAGUUCUCCGACAUCGAGAUGGAGGAGCUGGAGUCGCCCGUCUUCCUGGAGGACUUCCCGCAGGACCCCAGCACCCACCCGCUGGCCCGCGCCAACACCAACAACGCUAACGCCAACGUUGCCACGGGCAACAGCCACCAUAGCAACCGCCAGGCGUUUUCCAGGGUCCGCUGUGAACGGGAGUGCCCUGGGGAGACCGAGAUGCCCGCUGCCAGAGGAGGGGUCCAAGGACCCCUCUGCCAGUCUCGCGUGGGGCAGCCAAGGCGGGAAGGACAGCUGCCCCCGAGAGCGGUGCCCCCAGCCCAGGCGCCUCCGGCCCCCGGCCAGCGUCCUCGUGGGGUCUGUUUUAUGCCUUUGGAACAGCGCCCCAGGCCGGAGUCCCCGAUGCCUGAGGACGAGGAAGCCGCCCCCAGCAGCCCGACCGAGCCUGUCCAGGGGUCUGGCUCCGCCACGGCCCUGCUGAUCCAGCAGGCUCUGCUUCGAGGCGGUCUGGACGCCUUGGCGAGCCUGCGGUCCUCAGUGGGCAGCCUCGACCAGCGUCAGGGCUCCCAGGAGGCCCUCAUUCCCCCCGGGCCCUGAAACCCUCCGCCUCGGCCUGGGCUGGGGCCUCCAGGAUGAGGGAGUGAGAGAGGGGUGCAGAAGGGACAUUGUCAGCCAUCGGGGCAGCCGCCCAUCUCACAGCGAUGGUUGGAGGAGGCCGCAGCCCCCUCUCCUCGCCAGCAGGGGGCGCAGUCCCAGGGCGAUCCCAGCAUCAUUGCCCCGGUCAUGUUUGGACAUUAAAGUCUCAGGCCUGAGACGGGGCACCUGGC